UGGACAAACCUCCUGCACCAGGUAUUAAACGGCCUCCCCGACGGUCCCGCUGCCGCCCGUCAUAAAGACCUCCGCCGAGGAGAAGAAGCGCCCGACGCAGCCGCAGGAAUCCGUCCAUCUUCAGCUGUUCGCAGGCAGCAGGUGCGCAGCAGCAGGCUGAGGCUGAAGCUUCACUCAGUUUGGGAUUUAACAGGUUUCAGCUCAAAGAGUCCCGUCAGAGGAGGAGGGGGACGAGGAGGAGAAGGAGCAGACGGAGAGGAGAGAGGAGCUGGAGAGAACCAUGCUGUCUCUGAGCUGUGCCGACCCGUGGCCCGAAGGCUCUGUGGGGCUGGAGGAGGAGGUGGUGACCGCCGCUGCACAGGCUGAGGAGCGGGACGGAGUCAGCAACACCGACAACCCCAACAGCAGCAUGAGCAGCUGCUGCAGCUCCGUCAGCCUGGACGACAGCCUGACCAGCCUGCAGUGGCUCCAGGAGUUCUCCAUCAUCAGUGCCAACGUGCCGCAGCACGCCCACCACCAGCCGCACCUGUUCGGCCACCAGCAGCUGGGAUCCGACGCGCCGGCCUCCCCUCUGGCCGGGGACCCCGCCUCCAUCGGGAUGCCCCUGACCCCGGGGAAGCCCAUAGCGGCGGCCUACAGCAGGAUGCAGCCGCUCCCCGGCAUCGUGGCGCACGGCCACUGCCCGGAUGAAGUGGACUACAAGACCAACGCGCACAUCAAGCCGCCCUACUCUUACGCCACCCUCAUCUGUAUGGCCAUGCAGGCCAGCAAGAAGAGCAAGAUCACUCUGUCCUGCAUCUACAAGUGGAUCACCGACAACUUCUGCUACUACCGCCAUGCUGACCCCACCUGGCAGAACUCGAUCCGGCACAACCUGUCGCUCAACAAGUGCUUCAUCAAGGUGCCGCGACAGAAGGACGAGCCCGGGAAGGGGGGUUUUUGGAAGAUCGACCCACAGUAUGCUGAGCGCCUCCUAAGCGGUGCCUACAAGAAGAGACGAAUGCCGCCUGUCCAGAUCAACCCGGCCUUGCAGAACAGACUGAGGCCCAACCCGCUGCCCGAGCCCAGAGGCCCCUGCAGCUCCACACAGGUGCACAUUGGGCUUUGCAUCAACCCAGAGUCACAAAGGCUUCUUCGGGAGUUCGAAGAGGCAACGGGGGCUGAUCAAAACUGGGACCCCCAUCUGGCUGAGGGGACCAUGCUGGGGUCCUGGCCAGUAAUCAGAGGAAAGGGUGGGCUCAAGAGGAAGCAGGGCUCCAGAAAUGGUGCCGCCAAAGCCCUCCGCCGGUCCAGCUCCCCUUUGCUCUCCAUGGAUGAACAGAAGGAGAUUGGACCUCUAAAGGGGGACUUUGACUGGGACGCCCUGCUGGAUUCGGCUCUCAGUGGGGAGCUCAGUUUGGAAGGUGAUGAGUCUCUGAGUCCCGUCAUGAAAGAAGAGGAUCUAACAGUGCGGGGGAUCCACAUUUCCCCAGCUGAAUCUCCUCCAGGCACAGCGGAGACCCAGAGGAGUAACCAGGUGUCUGACUUUGACGAGGAGACCUUCCUCGCCACAGCCUUCCUGGAGAACCCCUGGCCGGAAGAGGAGGAACAAGGCCGCAGCGAUUUCCUCUGUAGCUCCACUGUCAGCUUAGACCAACUGUUUGGGCUCGAGGACCCGUUAGGAGGAGACCCCAGCAGCAGGAUUGACACCCUCCUUUGAGGAAUAAUUGCUUUCCAGAUCCUCUUUCAAACUAAGAACCCUUCUCAACAUUACUUUGGACUAAAUGACCCUUUUUACACUCAUGCAAGCUUAAUUGUCCUUUUCAAGAUGUUUAAAGUAUUUUUUGAGAAACAUUUUUAUGCAGGUUCAUGCUGGAAAUUAACUCUCAAUGCCUACCGAACAAUGAUGCCACAACAUACAGCAGCAGUUCACGUUCCACAGAGAAACUAUACUGAAUGUUUUUUGGUGAGACGACUUUAAUGUUUUCAGAGUUAAGGCCUGGACACACCAGAAAUUUAGCUUCAUGUUUUGCUUCAUGUGUUUGGAUGUAAAAGCUCCUCAAAGUGCACGGGGCCAGGUGGUGAGCAGCGUUCAUGCUACACAAGUUUCAAAUAAGGAGGGAAAGCACAUUUCCAACUCUUCUGCAUCAGACCGUUGCAGAUUUCUUUACUGCAUCGGUACAGCUUACAAUCACUGAUGGGUGCCCUUCAGUAGGCUUCCAAAAGUUGUCCAAAGACAGUCAGCUUUUAGGAGGAUGUAGCUUAAAGACGAGGGAGGUAAAUGCCCACAGGCUUUAUUGUCAGGGAGCUAACAAAUCCACCACGGCCUCAGUCACACAGGCCUAGAGACCUGGUAACUCCCUGUUGCUAGGGAAAAGUGUGUAUUCAUCAGCGUGGUGGUUUCAGCAGGUUGCUGGCAGGCAGAAGGUUUAUGGUGCUGCACAAAAACCUUCUCGUGAUUGCUUUGGUUACUAGCAAGUUGCUACUGUUGCCAGUAGUUUGCAUGGAUAACGACAACUUGUCUGCAAACACUGGCAAACAAAGACUGUUUGCCUUCAAAAUAAAAGUGACCCCUUUUGAAAUGUGUUGGUUGUGGCGGUCAGAUUAGACUUUGACAGCGAAAGUUUUCUCUUUCCAGUUUUUUUUCAGCUCGGACAGUAAAUGACGAUUGCUUGCAGCUAAGUCGGCAUCUUCCGUGCAAACUACAGGCAACCGCAGCAAUCUGCUGGCAACCAAACCAAUCACAGGGAGGUUUUUGGUGCAGCGGUAUCAUUUUAUUAAAAUAAAGUGAUCUUUCAGAAAGCUUCAAAGAUAAUAGUGGUGUGACCAGGCCUUAAGGACGACACAACAUGGUCUCUGUUUACGUCAUGAAGAGCAUGUUCCCUGAAAGAUAUUUUCAGCGAACAGUUUUGAAGUGGAGGAAUGCCACGACUGAUUGAUGAUGAGAUAUUUGCCAAAUUAUGUUCUGUGUAGGAGUGAUUUACUGAUUUCUUUUUUCUUUUUUUUGGCGUGGGGUUUUUGGUACUAACUCUUUAUUUUCAAAAUGAACUAAUAUAAUUUGUGUCUCGUAGCAGUAACAGCUUUUUUUUUCUUCCUUCCUGUGAAUUUCUAGCUGAUAGAUGUAAAGAAGCGCAGUAGAGGACACGUCACAGUUUCACGGUGUAAAAGUUGGAACGAACACAAAACAGCUCGAGGCAAAAAUUCUUCAACACAGAACUAUUAGGAGCUUAAAAUGCACACUUUAAAGAGGCCAAAGCGCCUUGUAAAUGAAUACCUGACCUUCCAUGUGCCAAGAACAACACUUGGGACUCAGCAGGGCAUCAGUGUGCGUUUUAUUACGAUGAGGAAAUGUCUUGUUUUUGUGUUGGUGUGCGAUCAAGGCUGAGAGUUGCUGGACUAACUAAACCAAAUCGCUCCGUUUGAGGACACGGACAGUUUUUACCUUUGGAGAUGCAGGAACUGUUCUCUAAGGACGUGUGGAAGUGCAAUCAGUGUACAGUGAUAUUUGUUAUAUUUUACAUUCAUUUGUAGCCCAUUCAUGCCGUUUACUUUAGAGAGAGACCAGUUCCAAUAUUUUGUGUAUUCUGAGUUGUGAAUACACUUUAGCAGUAGAAAGGACUCUCAGUAAAAACCAGCUAUGGUUGUGUAUUAACUCGUCUCAAUCAACACUUAAAAUCACAAUAAUACGUCUUACCUCAUGAUUGGUUCUAUGCUCAUGUUUAAACGCUGUAUGUACUCUUUCUUGUUUUUAU